CUGAUAUUAAAGUUUACGUAGAUGUAAACCAUAUAGCGGAGUUACAUGACAUUCAGAUCAAUAAAAAUGUAGUUGUUGGAGCCAAUACCACAAUUUCUGAUGCCAUUAAAUUGUUCAAUGGUAUCUAAAAGAAGUUGCAGAUCAUUAUGAGUUGGUUGCAAAUAUUCCAGUACGAAAUAUUGGAACUUUAGCUGGAAAUUUAAUGCUAAAACAUAAUAAUCCUAGAUUUCAAUCGGAUAUAUUUUUAACAUUAGAAACAUUUCGUGCAAAGUUACAAAUUGUUAGUAAAGAUGGAAAUGUUUUAAAAUCGUACUCUCCUCAAGAUUUUUUAAGCUUGGACAUGCAUGGAAAAGUUAUUGUCUCAAUUAAGUUUUACCCGCUUAAUAAAAAUUACGUCUAUCGAACUUAUAAGAUUAUGCCUCGUGCACAAAGUGUUUACGCUAUUGUCAAUGCAGGUUUUUUAUUUGAACUUAAAACAGACAAUGUGACAGUCUCUAAUGGAACAAUUGUUUAUGGCGCAAUAAAUAAAAACUUUACUCAUGCUAAGAAAACCGAAAAACUUUUGACUGAUAAAAAUUUAUUUGACGAUGAGACACUUCAAUCUGCAUUUAAAUGCUUGGAUUUAGAAAUAAUUUGUGAUGAAGCCGCUCCUGAACCUGAACCUGAACAACGAAAACAAUUAGCAAUUGCUUUGUUUUAUAAGUUCAUAUUAAGCAUAGCUCCUUCAGAAAUUGUUGGUGAUUACUUUAAAUCAGGUGGCUAUUUAUUAGAAAGAUCUGUAUCCUCAAGCCAUCACUUUUAUCAAACUGAAGAAACAGAAUAUCCUUUAACAAAACCGAUUCGAAAAUUGGAAGCUAUGGCACAAUGUGCGGGUGAAGCUAAAUAUAUCAUUGAUCAUGAUGUUUCUAGAAGUGAUUUCACAUUUGGCUCAUUUAUACUAGCACGUACUACUCCAGGUUCAAAUAUUAAAAGUAUAAAUGUUGACGAAGCUAUGAAAUUUCCAGGAGUCCUGACAGUUUUGUUAAGUAGUGAUAUUACCGGUGAUAAUUCCUUUACACCAACUCAAGCACAAUUUUUAUCUUUGGACGAUGAAGAAAUAUUUUGUAGUGGUAAUGUUAAAUACAAUGGUCAACCAGUAGGUUUAGUUGUUGCCGAGACAGAAGAAAUUGCUCGGCGUGCAUCUUCAUUGGUGGAAGUUGAAUAUGAUCAGUCUGUUUCCGAGGGCAAACUAGUUUAUACAACUCAAGAUUCCGUGAAUAUCACUAAUAAUUCUCGAAUCAAACACGUUACAACAAUUAAUCGGAUACAAAAAGGAAAUGACGUUAAAAAGACUAUACAGGGUAAAUUUAAUAUUGGACACCAAUAUCAUUUCACAAUGGAAACACAAUCAUGUAUUACAGUUCCAACCGAAGACGGUUUAGAUGUUUUUCCAUCCACACAAUGGAUGGAUAUAGCUCAAUCAGCAAUAGCACGCUGCUGUAAUGUACCAGAUAAUAGAAUAAAUAUGAAUGUUCGACGUUUGGGUGGAGGAUAUGGAAGUAAAAUUACUAGAGCCAAUUUAGUAUGCUGUGCAUCGGCCAUAGCAGCAAUAAAAUUAAAACAACCGGUUUACAUAAGGAUGUCAUUAGAAGAUAAUACAGAAGUUCUUGGAAAAAGAUUUCCAUGUUUAUCAGAGUAUGAAGUCGGUGUUGAUGAAAAUGGUAAAAUUCAAUUCUUAACGACAUCAAUUUGGAGUAAUUUAGGAUAUCUUUCAAAUGAGGCUGUUUUUCUUGGAAUCAUUCCUGAGGCAAUGACUAGUUGUUAUGAUGCUUCCACGUGGGAAAUUAAUUUAUACACAGUCACCACCGAUGUACCUACAAACACUAGCUGUAGGGCUCCUGGAACAAAUGAAGGAAUUGCAUUAAUAGAAACUAUCAUGGAUCAUAUUGCCACAGAAAUAAACAAAGAUGUACGAGAAGUUCGCUUACAAAAUAUGAAAUUGGAAAAUAAUCCGCUGCCUACGUUACUAUCUGAAUUUGAAAAAGAAUCGAAUCUGGAAGAACGAUUAUUGUCUUGUAAGGAAUUUAAUCAGAAUAAUCGCUGGAGGAAACGUGGAAUCGGUGUUGCAACAAUUACUUGGCCUUUUGAAUUAUUUUCGAAUUUCUAUUCACAAGUUGUAAUAUAUGGGGACGAUGGAACGGUGGCAAUAUCUCAUGGUGGUAUGGAAAUGGGUCAAGGAAUUAAUACUAGAGUAGCUCAAGCUGCUGCUUAUACUUUAAAAAUUGACCUAGAUAUGAUUCAAAUAAAAACAACAAACAAUUUUAAUGCACCCAACAACUUCCUCACGGGUGGGAGUGCAACUAGUACGAGUGUAUGCUUUGCCACCAUAGAAGCAUGCAAAAUUUUACUAAAACGGUUGGAGCCGAUAAAAAAUCAAAUGCAAAUAUACAACUGGCAAGAAAUGAUACGAGAAAGUAGAAAGCAAAAUAUUGAUUUAAGCGCUACUUACCAAUUCAAUCCGUUUACUGAUAAAAGAAUUACCAAUUACAAAGUUUAUGGUGUAACAUUUAGUGAAGUUGAAGUAGAUAUAUUAACUGGUCAACAUUUACUUAAACGUGUUGAUAUUUUGGAGGAUGUCGGUCAAAGUAUAAAUCCAGAAAUUGAUAUUGGUCAAAUUGAGGGAGCUUUUUGUUUUGGUUUGGGAUACUGGCUUACCGAAGAAGUGUUAUUUGACAAAAAUGAUGGACAACUAUUAAAUAAUCGUACAUGGAAUUAUCACGUGCCUGGUAUGAAAGAUAUCCCAAUUGAUUGGCGAAUUUCGUUUAGAAAAAAUGCACCUAAUCUUCAAGGAGUUUUGCGAUCAAAAGCAACGGGUGAACCGCCACUAUGUAUGAGUGUAUCAGUUCCUUUAGCCAUUCGGCAAGCGUUAAUUUCAGCUCGAAAGGAAAGCGAUCCAACCCAAACUUCAUGGUUUGAAAUAGAUGGACCUACAACUAUUUCCACCGUUUUGAUGAAUGAUCAGUACCGUUUACAUGACACAAAUCGUGUGGUUGUUAAACUAUGACUUUUUCAAAGCUUGUGGAGCAUGGAGGAAAGUAAACUUAAUGAUUUGGGUUACUUAAAAAAUUUUUGAAAUCGAAACAUUGAAUUAUCGAACUUUAUAUUAAAAUUAACAUGUUUAUUUCCGAGUUUUUCCAAUAUUAACUUCAAAAAGAUGAAAGAAUAACUUAUUUUUAAGAUUUUUAUCCCUUUAUAGAU